AUGGCAUGCAGCGGCCAGCACAAAGACGACCGACUUAAACAGAGACGGUCAAGUGGAGACAAUGACUACUUCUCAUGCAACCGAAGCAACCUGAAGUGGCCCGGACAGUACACGAUGAAACCCAUGGCAGGCGGCGGCGUUGAGUUGGGGAUGGGGGAUCUACAUGGCGAGUCUUUGUUGAAGGAUCUUCACGCCAAGAAACUUCCACGGCGAGAAAAUCACGGUGGAGACAAUGACAACUUCUCAUGCAAAUCGCUGAGGACCAACACUUCGCUGACGACAACUCAAGUCGAAAUCGCGGAGGCCCAAGUCAAAACCUUUCUGUCGCUAUCGCCAAGAGACGUCGACCUAGACCUCUUGGCAACUCGAAAACGGCGAAGCCUCUACGGCGAGAUUCUCGCAACGGGGUCUUCGCUCUUGAUUCGCGAAGGACUUGAAUCCGGGAGGCUCUUCCGUCGCUGUCGCCAAGAGAAGUCUUCGCCGCCAAGACGACCCUUGACCUGUUGGCAACUCGAAAGCGACGAUCGCUGCUGGUCGGCCUCUCCCGUCACCAUGUUGGGAAGGAGACGGUCGAGUGGAGAGUACCUAAGACUGGAAUGCUUCUACGCGAACCUGAAGCCGAUUGACGGACAUUCAAUCCCAACCCGGCCCCAUGUCAAGAUCGGCUCUCAGAUUGGCUCUCACCUGACAGUCGCGAACCUGAAAGGCGGACCGGCUGCAUUUCGGCUUGUCGUGCGCUGUCAAGAUGCGUCGAGUCAAGAUGACCGUGCAUUUACCGUGGCGAGCAUUUACCGUUUCAUCUCCAGGCGCUUCAUCGCCUCUCAGCUGUGUUUUAUCGCCCAUUGGCUCUCACAUGACAGUCGCGAACCUGAAAGGCCGGGUCAAAGCCGGCUCGCCAACGGCAGACUUGUUAAGACCUCGGCGGCCGUCUUGAUGACUCGAAAGGACUCCCUUUCGAAGGCGACUCGAAAGCGACGACACAACAACGAUCGCCGACGCAGUGCCGUCAAGGUGCAUCGAGAUGACCCUGGCUUCGCAAAUCGGGGGGACAAUUUUCGUCACGCGAAACUACUCGCCAAGCAGUCACACUCGCACGGCUUCACCGUCAACGGCGAACAUGCUUCUCUCGCAACACGAGCCGACGGCGAUCAGCGACGCGGCGAGUCGCUAGCGGACGACACGAGCGUACGGCGACGGACGGCGACGGACGGACGGAUCAGCCCGCGUUUCUACCAGCAGCGCCUUGAUCGGGUUGAGACGCACGGCGACGCACGGCGACUCAUGGCGACGCAUGAGGUCCCAUCGGCGCACGGCACAUCGGAGGCGGCGCUUCAACCGUCACGGAUUCCUCGUUACCAGCAGCGCCUCCCUCGGGAUGAGAACCUGACCGUCCGCCAUCCUCACGGAUGGGUACGCAUGGCGAAGCGCGAUGACGGAUGGGACGGUGGCGCUUGGCGGCGCUUCUCUCAGCCGGCGAUCUGCUAUCAGCUGCGCCUCGCUCCACUUGAGAUCUCGGCGACCUUCUUGGCGGCCGUCAUGACUCGAAUGCUCUCCACAAGUCCCGUUGCUGCCGCUCCGCCAAGACAAGUCGUCACUGACCUUUUGGCGACCGAAGCUGGCCAAGGCUUCCAACGCCAUUCGUCACUGAACCUGACCACGAAGGCGCACGGACGAUGGCUCUCGGGUGGCGAAGCGCGGCGACGCGUGGCGACGUAUGGCGAAGGGCGAAGCACGUCUCACGGCGCUUUGCGACGCUUCACUGACCGUCUCCGUGCCACUGACUGUCACUGCGCCAGCUGUGCCCUGAGCGUAGCACGACGGCGUACGAAGCACAGCGUAGCACGACGCGUACGAAGCACAGCGUAG